UCAAAGAUCCUUCAACAGUAAAAUGGAUACCUGUCCUAUUUGCUUUGAACAAAUUAAAAAUCCUCACUUCUGCAAUCCAUGCCGACACAUCUUUUGUUAUAGGUGUAUUUCCGCCUGGCGAAAUGGUACGUGUCCGUUCUGUCGAGAACAAAUAAAAUCAUACAAUCGUGCCCAGCAAGGAUCCUCGACUGCUGCAGAAAAUACAACAGACGCACCGAACUACGCUGAGAGAAGCAAAAUGCAUGUGUUUAUCCUCAUCCUUGUCUUCAUCCUCGUCGACAUCCCGAGUCCAGCAGGAUUCUUGAGAUCCGUGGUGUACCCUCCAUACCGUGAUAUACUUCUUAUCAUAUGGGAAAUCUUGUACAUUGUUUUGAAUACCAUCUUUAUGCCACUGAAAAGUAUUUACAGGUUAAUUGUUGAGAUUGUGAUCUUUGAACUAUAUGACAUUUUAUUGCAGCCCGGAGGACCGGGCUGCUCUAUACAUAUAAGUUUAAGUGUUGGUGUAUGGGGAUUGGGAUGGGAGUAGUUAUUUAGAAUCAAAAGUUUUCUAAACAUUGAAAAGAUUGUUAAUCAGAAUGUUCUUUCCGUUUAUAAAUUACGAGAUACAUAAUAUAUUUACUUCCAUAAAGUGAAUCUAUAAAAAUAUAUACGCUUUUCAUAUUUAAUAUAUAAAGUUGCUUAUCAUUUACUAUCAGAAAAACGACAGGUCCCUUUUUUAGAACAUCGAAUUUUACUUCUCGGAUAAAAACGUACUCUGCAAGUUCGUGUUUUAUAUUCAAAAAUUGAAAAUUAAUACAUUUUUAAAUAUAGGUGAUGCGUGUGUCUAACUUCAAUUUAUAUGUUAUGCAGCCAACAUUUACUUGAGGAAUUGAUCAAGUUUAAAAUGGUAUCGUUUUGAUUGAUUUUUAACCGACUACAAGUUUUCAAAAUAUUCGCGACUAUCGUCUCCAUCAAUUAGACGCAUGCCUUUUCACACAUAUCGAAGCGGUUUGAUGAUCAAGACUCAUUUUCAUUGUUUACUUUGUAUAUUUCCCGGGCGACAAUUGAUGGUUACAUCAAUGUUUUCUUGUUGGCUA